UCGUGCAGAUCACUCUCCUCUUUCUUCUUCUUCCCUCCGGUCUGUGUGCGUGUGCGUGGGGCUGGAGUUCAUGCCCCCGGGUUUUUAAGCUGCCGUGACCAAGUCUGUGGAGCGAGUGGGUGAAAAAAUUAAAAAGUUUUUGUUUGAUUUGACUGUGCUGACUGUGUGAGAGUGUGUGUGCUGAGGCGCAGACGUCGCCGACAUAACGGGCUCCUUUCAGCGGAGCGGCUCCCGCUGACCGUACACAGAUGAAUGGCUCUCUAUCAUCUCACUGUGGAGUCGACUCAGUUUCACUGCGUGUUUUAAUGGGAGACAGCCCUGUUUGUGACACACACACACACACACACACAGUCUAUUCACAUCACGGUUAACGCGGGGAUCACGGUCAGAGGAUGUGAGAGAAGGGGGACCCGAUGACGUCGCUAUCAACCUCACGAAGGGAUUGCAUUUCCUCUGAAGUACACGUAGAAUCGCAUAUUACUGCGUUGUCGACGCCACCGUGGGCACAAAUGUGCAGCUUUCAUUCACCAGACGAACAGCGCAGUUGGGGUUCUUGUAGCGUGAGAGCCAAAACAAAAGGAUCCCCCGCUGGCCAAUGGGAGCAGAGGGAGGCUGAGGAGGGAUGGUGUGGUCCUCUCCUCUCUUUGUCCAACACCUGAGACACCACAUCGAUCACACACCGGUGCGAGGCAGAUGUGACUGCGGCCAGAAUGACAAAAAGGCAGAAGAUGGACUACAAAUACAGCAUGCUGGGCUCAGUGAUGGACAACUACCACAAAAAGCCGUUGCUCCUGCAGGUGGACAACAUGCCCAUAAACCUUUUCGCUGUCCUGAAGGUGAAACAGGAACUCCCUAAACGCCUGAGCACCCUGGGCUGUUUCCGCAGGAUCAGCCUCUACAGCUUUGUUGUCGUCGUAGCUGUCAUGUUCCUCAUCAUGGCUUCUUACAUUCUGACGGGGGACAGGAAGGGUCUUCUCCUCACGCCAUCGCCCUACCACCUGAGUGGCCUAGCUGUCCCCGGACCUUUCACUUUCAACCUGUCAUCGCUCAAGGACGACGCACAUAUCAAACUUGUCGUCAAAUCCAUCACAUCUAAGGUGGAGUUUCAGAGCAAUCGACAGAUUCCAGAGACAAAAACGUUGGUCAGAAGUGAGUCACAUAUCUUUUCUGUAAUCCAUCGGAAAUUCCUGCCAGGGAUCAAGAACCCGUGCUGGUACGAGGAAUACUCUGGGAAUAUCACUCUGGACCCGUACAGGACAAACAUGUAUGAUCGGAGGGCCAAACGUUUGAGGACCCAGGAACUUCAGGACAAUUUCAAAAAGCACUUGGUUCACCAGGAUGGAAAAAUGUAUCGCAUGCGAUGCCUUCCCUAUUUCUACAUCAUCGGCCAACCAAAGUGUGGCACCACAGACCUUUACGCCAGACUGAAGCUCCACCCUGAAGUCUUGUUCAGCACUAUAAAAGAGCCUCACUGGUGGACUCGCAGGAGGUUUGGGAUGAACCAUCCAAACGAGGGCUUACAAGAACCAUUCCCAGUGGAAGAUUACCUGGACUUAUUUGAUCAGGCUGCUUACCAAAUCCAGGGCAGCCCGAAAUCCAGCAUCACAGGGCGCCCCCGGAGGCCAAACAUCAUCACAGGUGAAGCCAGUGCAUCCACCAUGUGGGACAACAAUGCCUGGGUUUACUUCUACGACAACCACACCACAAGAGGAGAGCCCCCCUUCUUGACCCAGGACCUUAUUCAUGCCAUACAGCCCGACACACGCUUCAUUGUUAUGCUCAGGGACCCUGUGGAAAGGUUGUACUCCGACUACCUUUAUUUUGGCAACACCAACAAAUCGGCAGAAGAUUUCCAUGACAAGGUGUCAGAGUCGUUGCAGAUAUUCGACGGGUGCCUUACAGAGUACUCACUGCGCUCCUGUGUCUACAACAUAACUGUCACCACCUCAAUGCCAGUCAGACUGCAUGUUGGCCUGUACAUUGUGUAUCUGAUAGACUGGCUGACAGUGGUCAGCUGGGAACAGAUUUUGGUCCUGAGGUUGGAAGACCACGCCUCCAACAGGAAAUACACCAUGCAAAACAUCUUUCAUUUUCUCAACCUUGGGCCACUAACAAAAGAACUGGAGACAAAGAUCAUGAAAAAUCCAGCGUCAAACACCAGGAAGCCAGCGGACAAAAACCUGGGACCCAUGUUGUCCACCACUAAAAAGAUUUUGCAAGAAUUUCACACGCCGUUCAAUAUGAAGUUGGCCAAAGUGAUGAACAAUGACUCCUUCCUCUGGAAGAACAAACUCUGAAAAGGCCUGCGUUACUUUUCUUCAGUCUGAGAAUAAAUGUUUUUUUAUUUAAAUUAUUUUUUUAAGUUAUAAUGGACGUUAUUGGUUUGAAGGUAGAAAACAGCACAAGGGAUCGGACAUUUGCAGUGAGUGAGUGUGAGUGAGUGAGAGUGAGUGAGAGUGAGAGUGAGUGAGAGAGAGAGAGAGAGAGUGAGUGAGUGAGUGAGUGAGUGCCAGUGUGUGGGGGUGAGUGAUGUCCAUCUGAUCAUUUUCUGUGACGGACUAAGGAAAUAAAAUUGUGAAUUCAUAGCACCAGAA